AUGCAGCGAGCCCCGUCCACAGGGAAGAAACACGUUUGUGUUUGUGGACUCAAUGUGGAGGCUGAAUGCGAUGAUGCACGCCAUUGCCAACAUCCCAGCGCCAGGCAGGGCUGGACUCCCGCAUCGAGCUUCCCACGACUUCCUGCACUCCGGAAAACAGAACACAAUGUUGGGACCGGUCUUGUGGAAUGGAAGGAUUGGUUGGCUCUGGAUACAUCUUUGCCUGGCUCUGUUUUCAGCCCUGGUCUGUUUGGAGUCGAGAGAGUAACGCUCAUUUUACUCUGGACUGAUGGUGGCUUUUGGAGACAACAAAGCCUCCAGGCCUGUCUCGCAUGUUUCAAAUGGAUGGUCGAUGGAGGCUUGACCGAAUCGCUCAUUUUCGUUUCUUUUGUCUUCGCUCAGCCCAGCCCUCUUGCGGCAUCAUAUUCUGCAUUUAAUGGGUCCUGCUGCGAUAGUUAUGUCUUUUCUUUACGCAAAACGCAUCAUGCUUUGGCCCUUUACGCGAACCCCACCUCUGCCGACAGCUGUAUCGGCACCCAGGACUUGAACAUCUGCUGUCCCGGUACCCUCUCCGGUGGGGUCACCUCCAACGGAAAUGGCAAAGCAACCGCCCACGGCAUCUGCUGCAUAGACCCUUCAACCAUCAAACGUCGAAGCACUGACGCAAACGACAACAUCAACAUCAUCGGUGAAGCCAUCCCCUUCCACCCGCCCCUCGACCGCCGUCAAAAUAACAGAAUCAACCUCGGCGCAUCAUCAUGCGGCGAGGACGAAAUCCUCAUCCCGCUUAGCGCGCCCGACUAUGCAAGCCAGGUGUCUUCAGUCAUGGCGUCCAUCUCCGGAGAAUCGAGCAGCAGCAUCCCUGGGCCCACAGGUACAACAAACACAAAUACAAAGAUUGCUGGGCCAGCCGCUACCGCGACAAACUCGGAUCAGGAAUCUAGGACGACCGCGGCGACGACGCCGACGACGCCGACGACGCCAACAACGACAACAGCAGCAUUGAGCACCGGCGGCAUGCCUGCCGCGACGGGGCAAAGGUCGUAUGUCGCUGCCAUCGGAGGGGUUAUGGCAGCGGCGGUGCUGGUCGCUGGGAGUUUGUGA